CCGGGCUUCCCCAUCCGUUCUGUUCUGGCUGCAGACACUGGUUUCACCCUAGGGAGGGGUCUCCACCCCCACCCCUACCCCCGGGUCUCCUUUGCUUCCUCCUUGGUGAGAAGGUGGUGCUAGAGAACGCACAUGGAAAUCGGCUCGUGCAGUCAGCUUGCAGAAGGGGGCAGGGUCAAAGGUGGAAGGCUGGCAAGCGAUAAUGAGGGGGCUGGACCCAGGAUUGGGAAGAUGAAGACGUGUACCACCCAGACCACGACCACGAUGAACAUACCCAGGUUCUUGGCUAAAACCUGGAUGGGGCUCGUCUAGCUAGGGAGAGAACCAUUUGCUGUUUUUCCUGGCUCUGAAGUGGAAGAUGUCUGCAGACAGUCAAAGCAUCGCGGCUACCGAGAACAAGGAGAAAUGCCAUGAGGUCCCAGUUAAUGGGGAACACUGUGGAGACAUGCUCUCUGGACAGGAGGAGACAGUGCCCUCUCAGGAGUCAACACAUGUCAAGACAGAGCCAGAAGAGCCACACAGUGAGGGGGCAUCACAGGAGGACAGGACUCCAGGAACACAGCGCUGGAUGUCCCCUCAUCCUGGCCCUAAGGACAAAGGUCCGUUCCUGCCUGGUGGAGUUGUUCCUUCUCUCUGGACUCCUGUACUGUCCCGAGGGGGACGGACCAGAGAUCGACAGAUGGCUGCCGCACUCCUCACUGCCUGGUCGCAGAUGCCAGUGACCUUUGAGGAUGUGGCCCUGUAUCUCUCCCAGGAGGAGUGGGGAAGGCUGGACCACACACAGCAAAAUUUCUACAGAGAUGUACUACAGGGGGAAAAUGGGCUGGCUUUGGGGUUUCCCUUCAGCAGACCUUUCUGGGUCCCCCAAGGUCAGGGGAAGGGCCAGGCGGCAAGCAGGAUCACAGGAGCUGAGGAGAGGAGAGGCCUUGGUUCAGGAGCCGUGGAAGUGGGGAAGGUAGUUCCAGCCUUGGCCGUGGCGACCCUAGAGGACACACAAUCCAUAAGGACUAGGGCCAGGUGGGCCCCGGGGGAAGACCCAAAGUGUGGUCAGCAGGUGGCUAGUAGCCCAGGUACAAAGGUGACCAGAGACACCGGGAAAGGUAGUCAGCUAAAGCCAGCCCCAUCUGAAUCACGUCCUCUCAAGACCCCGGAGGACAGCGGUCCAGAGAAACCCAGUGAGGGGGGGGAGACCCUGAAAAGUGGUGAAGAGGGUCUGGUACCCGACGGUGACAUGGGCAAGAAGACAUACAAAUGCGAGCAGUGCGGCAAGGGCUUCAGUUGGCACUCGCACCUGGUGACACACCGGCGCACGCACACGGGCGAAAAGCCUUAUACCUGCACGGACUGUGGCAAGCGCUUCGGCCGCAGCUCACACCUCAUCCAGCACCAGAUCAUCCAUACGGGCGAGAAGCCCUAUACCUGCCCCUCGUGUUGGAAGAGCUUCAGCCACCACUCCACACUGAUCCAGCACCAGCGCAUCCACACCGGUGAGAAGCCCUACGUGUGCGACCGCUGUGCCAAGCGCUUCACCCGCCGCUCGGACCUAGUCACACACCAGGGCACUCACACCGGCGCCAAGCCCCACAAGUGCCCUGUCUGCAGCAAGUGCUUCACCCAGAGCUCCGCCCUGGUCACGCACCAGCGCACCCACACCGGCGUCAAGCCCUACCCAUGCCCGGAGUGCGGCAAGUGCUUCAGCCAGCGCUCCAAUCUCAUCGCACAUAAUCGCACGCACACGGGUGAGAAGCCCUACCACUGCCUCGACUGUGGCAAGAGCUUCAGCCACAGCUCGCACCUCACUGCCCACCAACGCACCCACCGUGGUGUGCGGCCCUACUCCUGCCCACUUUGCGGUAAGAGCUUCAGCCGCCGCUCCAACCUGCACCGGCACGAGAAGAUCCACACCACUGGACCCAAGGCUCUGGCCAUGCUCAUGCUGGGGGCGGCGGCGGCGGCGGCGGCGGCGGGGGCGCUCACGGCACCCCCACCCGCUCCCACUUAGAAGCCUGAGAGAGCAGUGAGAACACCCAGGGAAGCUGGGACAGCCCCGCUGAUGCUAGGGCCCUGGGAAGACGCUGAGUCUUAGCCAGUGGGGUGAGGACCCGGAAGGCAAGAUGCCACUUCAGGCACAGGUGAGCAUGGUAACGUGGGAGGAGCCAGGGCUAGAAGGGCGUGCACUCUAGCUGCAGAUUAAAGGCCUGGAUUUCAAGCUGUGCCCUUGGCUCUGUGUGCCUGGUGCUUGGGCUGGUCUCUGAGCAUCUAGUAGCUCUUGGUUCUACCAGGCGUCCUCGUUCAGGUAACCCUGAGUCACCACUGUCGGCUGGCCUGGGAAGCAUCUCUUCCCCAGCCUUGACUUGGGUCACAGUUUCUUUUGUCAGAUGUCUAUUCUGGAACAUUAGGACCCUUUAAAAAAAAUUAAUAUUUGAGUCGGGUGUGGCGGCGCACUCCUUUAAUCCCAGCACUCAGA